AUGGAUGUGAAGACAGCUUUUCUUAACGAACAUAUUCAGGAAGAGAUCUACAUGGAACAACCUGAAGGCUUCAUAUCUAAAAAUGAAGAAGAGAAAGUAUGCAAGCUGCAAAGGCUAAUCUAUGGACUGAAGCAUGCUUCAAGGAAUGAACCUUGUGUAUACAAGAAGGCCAGUGGGAGCGCAGUCGUAUUCCUUGUUCUACACGUGGAUGACAUAUUCAUGUUUGGAAAUGACAUAUGCUUGUUGACCUCGGUGAAACUAUGGUUAUCAAAGACCUUCUCAAUGAAGGAUUUGGGUAAUGCAUCUUACAUAUUGGGUAUCAAGAUUUAUAGGGAUAAAUCGAGAAAGCUAAUUGGAUUAUCUCAAUCCCUAUACUUAGCUAAGGUGCUCGGAAUAUUCUACAUGGAACAAUCCAAGAAGGGUUAUUCACUAGUUAGAAGUGGUAUUCACAUGUCUAAGAUUAUGAGCCCUAGAACCUAA